GAAGCUGAUUGGGUAAACUUAAAUGGUAUUCCCGCCCCCCCAGAAGAUGAUAGGUGAAACCAGCAAUACGCUUGCAGAGAAUAGGCUGGCUGGUAACACGAGAAAGCUGCCUCUCCCUCUAGCCAUCUAUCAGCUGCCUCUCUGUAGGCUAAAGCCAGGUAGGAGACUAGAAGGACAGGCUGGGUGUAUACUGCAACACAGUGGAGUACAGAGUUGCUACGUUUGAGAGUCGGUUUACAUAGUCAGUGCAAAUACGUGUGGAGUAGAGAGGAGCUCAGUGGGAGUGGGAGAGACGCUUAACCACUCCAGACCAUGAACAUGGAGCAUCGGAGGUUCUCCCUCGACAGCUCAGUGUCCCUGAAGAAUGGUGGUGGAGGAGGUAGUCUGGGCCAUAGGAGAGGCAGCCGCAGUAAGAAGAGCAAAGAGAAGUGGAAGAGUCUAGAGGAGGCCCAGCUGGAGAUCCAGGAGCUGGGACACAGCCUGAACAGGAGCAACUCUCUCAGGUCAGAGACCAUAGAGGAGGAGAGCUUCCACCCGCCUGAUGGCGCCGUUGCCAAAAAUAGUUUUGUGAAAUACAACAAAACCUUCCACAAAUUCUUCCGAGACAUUCCUACAGAGGAGAAACUAACUCAUGUGUUCACCUGUGCCCUGCAGAAGGAGGUGUUGUAUCAUGGGAAGCUAUUUGUGUCUGUCAACUACGUAUGUUUUUACUCCUCCGUACUCCUCAAGGACACCAAGGUUGAGGUCCAUGUGUCCAGCGUAAAGGAAGUGAAGAAGCAGAACUCAGCCCUGUCUAUGCUCUCCAUCCGUACUACUGAUGGAAACAAGUAUUCGUUUGUGUCUUUGCGGAACCGGAGAGUGUGUUAUGAAAUCCUGCAGUCUGUGUGUUCACAAGCACAGCUGGGGGAGCAGGUGGAGAAUGGCAACAGCAGUCCCCACUUCUCAGGAGAGAACGGCGUUGAUGGCGUGGAUCGGGACAUAGACACAAUCUCCAGCAAUUCCAGCCGGGAGGACAGUGUGGAGCGGAGCCUUCCUAUAGAGGCCGUCUACUCUGACCUGCCCAGCAGCGCUGACUCGUGGGUUUGGAUCGUCACUGAAAGGGUUAAAACCCUCCUCCUUAUCAGAGAUAUGCGCAACCUCAAUGUCCUCCUAUCCAUCUGUCUGUUUCUGGCGGUGUUGCUAAUACUGUCAUCGGGGUACAUCGGUUUGCGGAUCGUAGCUCUGGAGGAGCAGCUGAGUUCUCUAGGAGCCCUGCCAGAGUUCUCCAUACACCUCAGAGAGGAACAGGAAACAGCCUGAAGAGACCUACAGCUAUUUGGAUAUUCUGGCAAAUACCAGACGGGCUGGACCAUUUUUUUGUUGGGUGGGCUGGUCGACAUAGAAAAAGGUGACAUGGCCAGCGGCCUAUGAGCUUGUUAAGAUAGAAAUUGUAAAAAAAAUAAUAAAAAAAUCUGUUAUGCUAAUAUGCCCGUGCUUCUACACCUGCAUUGCUUACUGUUUGGGGUUUUAGGCUGGGUUUCUGUACAGCACUUUGAGAUAUCAGCUGAUGUACGAAGGGCUAUAUAAAUACAUUUGAUUUGAUUUUGAUUUGAGUAUACAAAACAUUAAGAUGGACCGGCCCGGUAUUCUGCGGUCACACAAAGUCACAUUGAAAGUCAAACACAGCAUCAGCAAAGAUGACCUGCUUCAACUCUGUCCUCAGUUAGACAGCCAAGAUCAUGGAUCAUAAAAAAAUGAAAAGGGUGUCUGUAAACAUAGAAAGAGCAUAUUCUACAUUGUAACUUCACUGAAAAACAUCCUAAUUUUGGGACAGCUAAAGAAAUGAUUUUGUCAAACAGUGAAGUGCAUUAUCCUCAUGAUUCCUGUAAUGUAAGUGUCUUCCCUGUGCCCUCGCUGGGGCCUACUGCUGUGGUGAGCGAGCCACUCUCCUCUCCUUCCAUGCACUCGAGAGGAACAUUUAUUCUGAUCAUAUAACAUUUCAAAAUCAAAUUGCAGGAAAAAAACACAGCUUUGGAAGCUUCAUCCAAUUGUCCCUGUUGAAGAGAGGAAGGUUUCAGCUUUCUGUCGGUAUAAUCUUUAUUUCUCAACUCUCAUGAGCAACUAUUUUACAAUCAAGACAUUUUAUAUGGCUUUGAGAUAUGGAGUGGAGUGUGCUCAAAAUAUGCACCAGCAUAGGCCUCAUGGGUAGUAGCCUGCAACUGAACGGUUCUUAGGACAUUCCAUUUACGGUUGGAUGAAUACAUGGCUACUAGCAGUGGGUAUCACAGGCGGCUGGUGGCACCUUAAUUGUGGAAGACGGCUCAUAGUAAUGGCUACAACGGAGUUAAUGGAAUGGUAUCAAACGCAUCAAAAACAUUGUUGUUUCCAAGUGCUUGAUACCAUUCCAUUUACGGCAUUCCAGCCACGUUUAUGAGCCAUCCUCCCCUCACUAUCCUCCGGUGGUGGGUAAUAUAUUUAGAGUUUGAUCUAAUUAAUGCGUAUUGAGUUUCCACUUCCUCAGGUGUUGAACCACAAAUGAAUUAGCCUAUGAUUUUAGUUAGUGCACAUAAAACAUGUAAUUCAUCUCUCUGGAACAAAAAAAAAUAAUGGAUAUUCUGGAAUCCUAUUUUGACAGUAAAAUAGCAACUAUAGUCUAAUUGUCAACCCAAAAUUCAUGACAAUCACUGGAUUUGCACAUCAAAAUAUCUUGAAUCAUGCUUAGACAUGUUUCUUGAGCUAGUGGCGUGCGCAGUGGGCCAAUGUGAAUGAAAUGGCAGAGGCAAAUUCUUUUCCCAGUCCGCCCUGCCUACAGUAGGAAGACUAAAUACCAAAGCCACAGUACAACAAACUACAGUAUAUAAAGGGUCUCAAUUAAAAUGUCAUCUCAUGAGCUGGGCAAUUGUUAAUAUAUAUAUUUAUGUGGGUCCCCUGAUCAUUUGAGGAGACAGAUCACUUAAACCUCAAAUAUGGAAAACCUUGACUUCACACAAAGCAGCUUGUUUUGUUUGUUGCUAGCCUAUAUUUCAUAGGAUAUAUUGUUUUGUUUGUUGCUAGCCUAUAUUUCAUAGGAUAUAUUGUUUUGUUUGUUGCUAGCCUAUAUUUCAUAGGAUAUAUUGUUUUGUUUGUUGCUAGCCUAUAUUUCAUAGGAUAUAUUGUUUUGUUUGUUGCUAGCCUAUAUUUCAUAGGAUAUAUUGUUUUGUUUGUUGCUAGCCUAUAUUUCAUAGGAUAUAUUGUUUUGUUUGUUGCUAGCCUAUAUUUCAUAGGAUAUAUUGUUUUGUUUGUUGCUAGCCUAUAUUUCAUAGGAUAUAUUGUUUUGUUUGUUGCUAGCCUAUAUUUCAUAGGAUAUAUUGUUUUGUUUGUUGCUAGCCUAUAUUUCAUAGGAUAUAUUGUUUUGUUUGUUGCUAGCCUAUAUUUCAUAGGAUAUAUUGUUUUGUUUGUUGCUAGCCUAUAUUUCAUAGGAUAUAUUGUUUUGUUUGUUGCUAGCCUAUAUUUCAUAGGAUAUAUUGUUUUGUUUGUUGCUAGCCUAUAUUUCAUAGGAUAUAUUGUUUUGUUUGUUGCUAGCCUAUAUUUCAUAGGAUAUAUUGUUUUGUUUGUUGCUAGCCUAUAUUUCAUAGGAUAUAUUGUUUUGUUUGUUGCUAGCCUAUAUUUCAUAGGAUAUAUUGUUUUGUUUGUUGCUAGCCUAUAUUUCAUAGGAUAUAUUGUUUUGUUUGUUGCUAGCCUAUAUUUCAUAGGAUAUAUUGUUUUGUUUGUUGCUAGCCUAUAUUUCAUAGGAUAUAUUGUUUUGUUUGUUGCUAGCCUAUAUUUCAUAGGAUAUAUUGUUUUGUUUGUUGCUAGCCUAUAUUUCAUAGGAUAUAUUGUUUUGUUUGUUGCUAGCCUAUAUUUCAUAGGAUAUAUUGUUUUGUUUGUUGCUAGCCUAUAUUUCAUAGGAUAUAUUGUUUUGUUUGUUGCUAGCCUAUAUUUCAUAGGAUAUAUUGUUUUGUUUGUUGCUAGCCUAUAUUUCAUAGGAUAUAUUGUUUUGUUUGUUGCUAGCCUAUAUUUCAUAGGAUAUAUUGUUUUGUUUGUUGCUAGCCUAUAUUUCAUAGGAUAUAUUGUUUUGUUUGUUGCUAGCCUAUAUUUCAUAGGAUAUAUUGUUUUGUUUGUUGCUAGCCUAUAUUUCAUAGGAUAUAUUGUUUUGUUUGUUGCUAGCCUAUAUUUCAUAGGAUAUCUUUUUUUUAAUCAGUCAGUCCACUCCUAAAAUCUAUUUGGUUUACGGCACUAUUCGUUGGUCUCAGCUUAACUGGUAAUGAAUAUGUUGUUCUCUUUUUAAAGGAAUAAUGUAAGUCAGAAGUGACUUUAAUCUGAAAUUUGCUGGCAAAUUAUUUAAUGACAACUUUUACUUCUUAAUUAAUAGAAUUACUCCAUGGCAUCUUUCUGUCAGUAGCACUAACAGACCAGCAGGGGGCACUCUCCCCUCAAAACCAAGAGCAAUGAAACAGAAAUACUGUACACCAUGAUCAGUACUAUAUCAAUCAGUAAUCAAUACUUUCAAUGUAUACAAGUGUAUUUAAAAUAAGCCAUUCAAAAAAAUAUUCAACACAGUUCUUGAAUGUCUGUAAAUAAAAAUAAUAUUGAUAGUUCAUACACAAGGCACUGUAAUUAGAGGCAAGAAAAAGUAUGUGAACCCUUUGAAGUUACCUGGAUUUCUGCAUACAUUUUACAUAUCAUUUGACAACAAUAGACAAACAGUGUGCUUAAACUAAUAACACAUUGUAUUUUUCUUGUCUAUAUUGAAUACAUAAUUUAAACAUUCAGUGUAUGUUGGGAAAAGUAUGUGAACCACUAGGCUAAUGACUUCUCCAAAAGAUAAUUGGAGUCAGCUAACCUGGAGUCCAAUCAAUGAGACGAGAUUGGAGAUGUUUGUUUAAGCUGCCCUGCCCUAUAAAAAUCUCACAAAAUGAGAUUUUGAUAUUCACCAGAAGCAUUGCCUUGUGAACCAUGCCUCAAACAAAAGAGAUUUCAGAAGACCAAAGAUUUGUUGACUUGCAUAAAGCUGGAAAAAGUUACAAAAGUAUCUCUAAAAGCCUUGAUGUUCAUCAGUCCACGGUAAGACCAACUCUAUAUAUGGAGAAAGUUCAUCACUGUUGCCACUAGGAGUGGCCGUCCUGCAAAGAUGACUGCAAGAGCACAGAGCAGAAUGCUCAAUGAGGUUAAGAAGAAUCCUAGUGUCAGCUAAAGACUUCCAGAAACCUCUGGAAGAUGCUAACAUCUCUGUUGACGAGUGUACAAGACAUAAAACACUAAACAAGGAUGGUGUUCAUGGGAGGGCACCACGGAAGAAGCCACAGCAGUCCAAAAACAACAACCUUGCUGCAUGUCUGAAGUUAGCAAAAGUGCACCUGGAUGUUCCACAGCGCUACUGGCAAAAUAUUCUGUGUGCAGAUUAAACUAAAAUUGUGUUGUUUGGAAGGAACACAACACUGUGGGAGAAAAACAGGCACAGCACAACAACAUCAAAACCUCAUCCCACUGUAAAGUAUGGUGGAGGAGCAUCAUGGUUUGGGGCUGCUUUACUGUCUCAGGGCCUGGACAACUUGCUAUCAGACGGAAAAAUGAAUUCCCAAGUUUAUCAAGACAUUUCGCAGAAGAAUGUAAGUCUAUUUGUCCGCCAAUUGAAGCUCAACAGAAAGUUGGGCGAUGCAACAGGACAACAACCUAUUAGACAGAUGUAAAUCAACAACAAUGGCUUGGACAGAAGAAAAUACGCCUUCUGGAGUCGCCCAGUCAUCGCUGACCUCAACCCGAUUGAGAUGCUGUGGCAUGACCUCAAGAGAGCGGGUCACACCAGUCAUCCCAAGAAUAUUGUGGAACCGAAACAGUUUUGUAAAGAGGAAUGGUCCAAAAUUCCUCCUGACCGUUGUGCAGGUCUGAUCCGCAACGACAGAAAACAUUUGGUUGAGGUUAUUGCUGCCAAAGGAGGGUCAACCUGUUAUUAAAUUCAAGGGUUCACAUACUUUUUCCAACCUGCAAUGUGAAUGUUUACAUGGUAUGAUCAAUAAAGAGAUGAAGAAUUAUAAUAGUUUAUUAUUAGUUUAAGCAGACUGUGUUUGUCUAUGGUUGUGACUUGAAGAUCAGAUACAAUUUUAUUACCAAUUUAUGCAGAGAUCCAGGUAAUUCUAAAGGGUUCACAUACUUUCUUUCCAUUGUACUAAA